GAGCUGGGCUGGCUAGAACAAGAACAAAGAAGCCCAUCCAAAUCUGAUCAGAGAUUAAUCGGUUCAAUUCAGACAAAAAACCCUUGAAAAAACUGAAUUAGGGUUUAUACAGACAGUCAUCUCCCUAUUUUAUUCCCUUUUUCCAAUCGGAUUACUUAUUCUAGAUUCUAACUAUUUGUUUGGUUGCCGAGAAAGUAAAAGAAACUGAAGAAGAAUCUUAGCUGUCAGCCUUUUGUGCUUCCCAAAAAAAUUAGUUGAUUUGAAGUGAGUGUUUGUGAUAGAGAUUUUAUAGUAUAGGAUGGAAAUAGAGUCACCCUUAGCUAAAAUUAGAACUGUAAGCAAAGAAUCCCCGCAAACCGAAAGUAAGAAAUCGAAAAAGAAGAGAAAACGAGAGAAAGAGCAAGAGUUAAAUGCCGGCUUCGAAAAUGAGCAGAUGGCUGAAGUUGAUAAGUAUAGUGAGCAGCCACCUAUAAAUGUUAAAGUAGAAGUAAUCUGUGACCAACCCGACAAAACUCCCCCUAUAUUAGGUUAUUUCCCUUCGGGAUAUAAGCCGAGUAAACAUAGUGAAAGCAACGGGUUAGAGGAAACAAAUGGUGGACGGAAUGUAUCAGCACUACAACUUGAACCGAGUGUUAAGUUUUAUAGGAAUGCGUAUCGGGCUAGUAAGGCUGAGAAAAGAUCCAGUGAAAAGAAUGAGACGACUCAUUCCGAAAGGCUGGAACUGGUUGUGAAUCCUAAUGGGACUAAUGUGGACUUUGUGGGUACGAGCUAUGAAGGUGAGGCGAAAGCUCCUCAGUUAUGUACAUAUGCACUUGGGGUUCUUGAUAAGAAGACUCAGACUUUGAAGAUUAUGCCUAUUGCUGGAAACAAGAUACUUCGCAUGGAGCCAAAAGUUCGAGGGUAUGACCCUUCUGAAAAGGAGCCUGCAAUGUUGAAUAAUGAGGGGAUUUCUCAAGAUAACAGGAUGGAAAGAAGGAAUAUUCUUGAUUCUGCUUUUGGAACAAAGAAAUCUCUUGCCAUGAGUAAAAGAAGGCAGAUUUUACAGCAGGGAGAUAAUCCCGAGUCGCAAAAGGAUUUGGACAGGAAAAUUGAUAAUGUUGUUGUAAACGAGGAAGCUCUUGCGAGUACUGCUGCCCAUGUUGCUCGAAAUAUUCCACCUCAUAACACCUCUGCUGCCACACCCCAGGAGGCUUAUCCACUAAGCAGGAUUAUUCUCUCAGGAGAGUGGGAUUUCCUGGAAGAUACUUACGAGACCUUGCAAGCAGCAGGAGCAGCUAGGGAUGCUUACCCAAUUUUUAUUUGCAAUAGAAUCCAUAAAUUGCGGGAAAUUCAGGAUGAAGUUGAAAGGAAGACUCACUCUCGCAUUUUCUCAUACAUUACCCAUCUUCUAAAGUUUAAAGACUUGCAUUCCAUUGAUGGCGCUUCCUCGGCUAGAAAACACAGAUUUCCAACAAUUCUUAAGCAAAAGUUUACGGGAAUGUUUACUCCAGAUGGAAAAAGGCUUCCAGCUGAGAAAAUUGAUCUUCUCAUCAGUUAUGUUUUAGUGCUCACACUAUAUGCUGAUAAUUUCCGGACUGACCCGACAGAUAUUGCAAAAGAUCUGAGAGUAAGUGCUGUUAUGUUGCGAGUGCAUUUUCAGAAUUUGGGGUGCAAGAUUGUACGUGAAAAGAAGUUGUCUUGGGCAACCCUUCCUGUUCCUCUCCAAUUCCCAGUCCAAAGGCACAGGCGGCAGCGCGGUUAGAUGAUUCGAAGAAUGCCUUGAAGACAGCCCGAGUUCCAUCGAUGAAAUUGUUUAGAUCAUUUUGCAUUUCGUAUUUGAUUGAUGCAAUUUUUAUUUAUACUUGCAAAUGACAACAUUGGCAAGUGCUUACUAUGGUAAUAUUGCUGGACUAGUAUCAUGUAAUUUUGAUUCAUCACCCUUGCCUACGGCAAGAACUUGGCAUGUGACUAUUACUUUGGAAAAUAUCAUUUUUGCAGUUAUCAUA